AUCGUCGUUCGAAGUAUUGAAACAGGAUCAUUUUUAGUGCAGCCCAAGCCCCGAACCAAAUAAAUGGUCCGAAGGUAUAUUGCAGAAAAAAGAGAGAGGGUAAAAUGGUAAAUCAGCUGUUUUUCGUAUUGUAUUAUUUUUGUGUGUUUAGUCCGCGGUGUUUACAACGAUUAACAAGUUGCCAGUUGUGUGUGUCGGUUCAAGGUUCUAGUUUAUACGUCGGUUGAGUGAGUCCGCGUCGCGUCGCAUCGUUCGGUUAGAUUCGGUUUACACGUUUGGUUCUGUUCAAUCUGAUGCGUUUGCUUCAGUUCGUAGCCGCAUUGCCGGUUGAUUGACGAGUGUAUUACGUGUAUUUUUGCUCUGCAAUAAUUACUGUCAUCGUUCGCGUCGUGUAAAUCGCGAAAAUUAUCGUCUGCGCGGCUCUCUAGUUCGCGUAUCCGAUUUCGAGUAUUGGAUGACAUUGGAGACGAAUUAACGUGUGCAAUUAUUAUUAUUACCUAUCGUAUUAUUUGUCGCCAUCAGCUUGUCGACUCCCAUUACCCAUCGUAUCGUUUACUCGUCAACGAUCAAUUCAGCGAAAUUUUCUAGCGUAGAUUUACAGUAAGUUUUUCCCAAACGUUGAUACAAAUCGCGUUUUAUUGCAAUUUAGGUCAAUUUUUUCGUCACUUGUAAUUUUUUACAUACGCGAAUUUGUCGACUAACGGGUACAGGUUGCAGUUUUUUUGUGUAAUUUUUCGCACCCCUGUGUAAUUGUAAAAUACCUUGCAAGUACGAGUAUCUCAGUACGUGAAGUAAAUCAAUUCGGUUUUUUCGUCGCCAAUUCGCCGUAACCCGCCAACUUCGGAAUCGUUAUCGCGUAUUUUUCAAGUUGAAACUCGACAUGUGAAUGGUUUUUUGGUGUACAUUACGUUCUCAUCGUAAGUGCAACAAAAUGAAUUCGUCGUAUUUGAUUUGCAAGAAUUUCGUGUUGUUAUUACUGCUCGGCCAUAGUAUUUGUCAAUCGUCAACCACUGUACAAGACGACGAACCAGAAAACUGCAAUUCACAAGAUUGUAACAGAUGUCCUCCGGAUUCCUUACUCAGUUCGGAUGGCGAAUGUAAAUGCGACCCUACCAAAUGCCCUGCAAAUCCUGUAACUUGCAGUCCUGGCCUGGUUCGACAGCUCAUUCGAAACAGCUCAACUAAACCUGGUUACUGCUGCGAUGUUUACGUAUGUGUCGAAGAAAAUGGCAAAAACUGCACUGGAGUUGUUUGUUCUCCAAUGCCCAGCUGUCCUCCGGACAGUUACCAGUUACCAGCCCAUAAAUCGCCUGGUGAUUGUUGUUCGAUACCGCAGGGAUGUCAGUGCAUGCCAAACUGCGAAAUGCCAUCGUGUGAGCCAGAAUUGGUAUUAGUUGUCAUAGAACGAGGAACUGGCGAACCUGGAGGAUGUUGCCCAGUGUAUGAAUGUUCCAAACCACCAGAACUCAAACAUGAAGACGUGGUAGCCAACAGUGAACCUCACGGGUGUCGUACCGAAGAUGGUAAAUUGGUGGAAAAUGGCCACACAUGGACAAAUAGCGAUCCCUGUACCGCUUGCGUGUGUCAAAAUGGUCAAGCUGUUUGCCGAACUUAUCUGUGUCAAGCUUGCCUAAAUCCGGUAUUCGACGAAAAAGAAUGCUGCCCUACUUGCCUCGAUACUCAUCCGCAGCCGGUGCACUGUCCACCGUUGCCAAAUUGUACCGAACCCUGUAUCCAUGGUAAUACGUUGAAUAAUGAGAUGUGUAUGACGUGUAAUUGCCAAUUAAAAGACUGUCAUCUGGAGUGUGAAAAUUACAUGGAAGAUAGUGUGGGGCAUAAAUUAUGCAUGUGUGCUCCGCCAACACCUAUCGUGUGCCCGCCGUUGAAAAACUGUGAUAAAAGUUGUACCAGAGGAUUUCAAAAGGAUGAAAACGGCUGCGAUGUUUGUAAAUGCGAAAAAUGCCCCAUACUCGACGAUUGUCCCAAAGAAUGCUCGAAUGGAUUCGAUAAGAACGAUAAAGGAUGCUCGAUUUGUAAAUGCAAACCUUGGAAAACGCGCAGCGGUGAUGCAAAUAUCGAAGGAAGUGGUUGCAAAACAGAAGGUAACAUUUGGCGCGACGAUGGCGAAAAUUGGUUCGAUGGCUGUCGUCAAUGUACCUGUAUUGGUAACAAAGAGAUGUGCUCUCUGAUUCAUUGCCCGUCCUUGUUAUGCGAAAAUCCUAUAGUCAAUUUGACCUCGAGCUGUUGUCCAUUCUGUCCUAAUGAUCAGUUAUCUACGGUUCUGGAGAUUAACCACAUGGUAUGUUCGAGCCCUACUGGUUCAUUAAUGGUCGAAGGUGAAACUUGGAUGUUGGAUGACUGUAUCCAGUGCAUUUGUCAUAAUGGUAGAGCACUAUGUAGAAGUAAAGAAUGCCCACCUACUCCGUGCUCUCAUCCUAAACCAUCGGCUGCAGGAGAAUGUUGCCCAGUCUGUCCUGUUUCCAAUGAAAUCGAAGUGGAACCUUUUGGAGACGACAUCAAAUGCGCUCUAACUCCAUCAAACAGCUCAUCCUGGAGAGAAGGAAGCUGUACCAGUUGUAAAUGCGUCGAUGGCAAAGUACAUUGUUAUACGGAGCUGUGCGACAGUAAUCCUAAAUGUAAACGGUCAAUAACGGUGAAAAAUAAAUGCUGCUCGAUUUGUAUCGAUAAAAUCGAUAAGUCCAAAGGCGGCGAUACUUGUGUGUUUGGAAAUUUCACUUUUAAAGCGAACGACGAAUGGGCGAUCGAUGCGUGUACCAAAUGUAAAUGCGUAUCGGGACGUAUGGAUUGUACUCAAAAAAUCUGCUCUCAAUCGUGUCCAAAUGGUGUUAAAAAACCUGGACGCUGUUGUCCGCUGUGUCCUGACAAUCCUGAAUUUACGUUUAUGCAAGAGAUGUCCUACAUCGCCUUGCUUCUCAUACUGAUUUGUAUAAGUAUAGCUUUGGUUAUCUACAUAACCCGACAGUGGCGUUAUAAAAAGCAGCAAAUCCGUUUACGAGAUUUCGGAUGCCCUCCGCCUCAAUACCAAUAUAAAUAUAUACCAACGUGCCCUUACGAUACUUCGAAUCCUCAACAAAUAACGAACUCGGAAAAAGCAUCAUUAGCUCCGGUUUAGAAACCACGACGAUUCGAAGCUCCUUUACCGUUUUUGUUUGUGUGUUUUUUUUUACCUGAUUUUUUUUUGAACUGUGAUCGCAAUAUAUUAUACAAAUUGGAGAGUAUCUUAGAUACCUAAUAUUUGUGUAUUUAUUGUCUCUUUUAUUUAUGUGUAUAGAAUGACUCAUUAUUUAUGAUAACACUCGCAGAUUUUUUUUAUAUGUGUUGUACAUUUACCUAUAUCUUCGAAUUAUUUUAACGCGUAUAUAUAUUUUGUAUUAUAUUGUUAUUGUUUAGCCAAGGGUGUUCACCCUAUCGUAUAUGUGUGUGUGUCUAUUUUGUGACUUUCCCCUUCUUAUUCUCUGAUCAGAGAAUAGUAUUUAUUUACGUUUUUUUUUUUUUUUUGAUAUCUAUAAGAUAUAUUUUUCAUUUGCCGGGGUUAGCGAACUAUACAACUUUUUUUAUGAUGAAUAAGAAACAUAAAAUGUAUUCUCAUCGCAAAAAAUAUCUCCAUUAUUAUAAUUCAGAAAUAGACUUCAUGAUUGGUGUAACAGUUUGCGAACGUAAGUGGCGAGAAUUUUGAGGUUUGCAUAAUUGUGACGUUGGGUGACAGUUGUGAAAUGAGGGGGGGGGUGAAAACAGGGAUUGAAUUUGCGGAAUAUACGGUUAUAAAUUUACAAAAGAUCUCUAUUGUUCGAAUUUCAUCAUCGGCCAAUUCCCAAUGUUUGGAAUGUAACGAGUGAUCUGAAACAAAAAUUAAAAUGUUUUGAUGUUUUCUUUUCAACUUUCUAUGUAGCAUUUUAGUUUUGAAAGUCUCGAAUGGUGUCCUUCGAUAUUUCUUACAUUGUGAAAAUAGCUGAAUGAUUCGAAUGAUUUCCAUUGUUCUUGCAUAAUUCGAUAUUAUAAUGUUCCAAGUAUUUUUGUUUUAAACUCAACUUAAUGAGAAAAAAUCAAAACGCGGUGGAUACGAUGUACCUGCAUGGUCUAGUCUUCCAUUAGAUGGGUAUUUUCAUUAUCAUGACCAAGUUUAAUCAUUAUCAUAAUCGAAAGUUUUUUCUCGUAUGUAAAGGUCUUACCAAUGUGCAUUUGAUUAUUCUGUUACCAUUUCAAAUUAGAUAGGUACCUAUCACAUCCGAUAUAUUGAUACGUAUGAUUGUGGUAUUAUGAUCCUACACUAGAUAAUUUGUGUACAAUUCUCAUAUCGUAUCGGUACAGUAUUAUAACAGUUUUAUAAACAAUUUUACCCAAUAUAUCAAAUUAUAUUACAUAGGUACCUAAUACAUAAUAUCGUAUACAUUAUCUCGUACUAAUAUUUUAUACAUAUACGUAUUUAGCGAUGAUUAUGUACAGUAAUUAAACAACCAAUUGUGUGUAUACGAGUGCCAUUCUGACUUGUAUAAAUUCGUUCAUGUAAAUAUACACUGAUCUCACUUGA